AUGGGAGAGGUCUUCGUUUUCUGGGUGGCCUUCUCGACGAUUGCCUUCGUCGCGGUACUGACGCACUGCGUCAUCGUCCGGUCGGCACGGGAGGAGUCCAAGCACGAGAAGGCGAUGCCCAGGGGCUGGCUGCGCGACGUCGAGCGACGGGACUGGUCUGGUGAGGAGCAAGGCGUCGUCAUCAACAUGCCGCCCAGGGUCCUGCCGAGGGUCCCGCCGAGGGUCCCGCCGGAGGCUCAUGUGCGGAAUUGA